AUGAGAUAUCGUCAAAACCUUCAAGCCAGGAAACUUAAGAGGGAGCUUUCGCUUGGAGAACUUACCCAGAAGGAGUUAAUAGCGGCAGAAACGUACCUCUUCCGGCAAGCGCACGAAUCUUGUUUUCUCGAAGAAAUCGCUAUACUCACUAAGGCGAGAGAACAUCCAGAUAAAUAUCGAAUUCCAAAGAGCAGUUCAAUCUACAAAUUCUCCCCCUUCAUUGAUGAGCGCAGUCUCCUACGCAUGCGUGGCAGAACCGGGGCGUGCGAGUAUGUUGGCCAGGAUGCAGGUUGCCCGAUCAUACUUCCACCAGACCACCACAUCACCAAGCUGCUGAUUUUAUCGACGCAUCUACAGUACCACAACCUCAACCACGAAACGGUGGUCAAUGAGCUCCGACAAAAAUAUCAAAUCGCAAAGCUGAGAAGAGUCUGUCAUAAGGUGCGAAGAAUCUGUCAGGACUGUAAGAAUAACCAGGCCCAACCAGCUGCCCCACUGAUGGCUGAUUUACCGGAUGCCAGGCUUGCUGCGUUCAUCAGACCAUUUUCAUAUGCAGGUAUAGACUACUUUGGUCCUAUUACUGUGGCCGUUGGACGACGUGUGGAGAAAAGGUGGGGUGUAUUGAUCACCUGCUUAGUAACUCGUGCAGUGCACAUUGAGAUUGUACAUUCACUCACCACCGACUCGUGUAUUAUGGCAAUCCAGAACUUCAAGUCACGACGAGGAACACCUCUGGAGUUCUUUAGCGACCAAGGAACGAACUUCAUUGGAUCUAAUCACGAGCUGCAGAAGGCGUACAGAAGGGUUGACCAGAACAAGCUGAUCAAAGAAUUUACAUCCCCGACCACCAAAUGGACGUUUAACCCACCGUGUUCGCCCCAUAUGGGCGGUAGUUGGGAAAGGCUCGUUCAGUCAGUUAAGAAAAUACUGAACAAGAUCCAACUACCACGUAACCCCACCGAUGAGGUUCUGCGUAACACGCUGUUGGAGAUAGAAAACAUCAUAAAUUCGAGGCCAUUAACAUACAUCCCCAUCGAUAAUGAUUCUACGUUCGCAUUGACACCAAACCAUUUCCUUGUUGGCUCCUCCAGUGGAAAAAAGUCUUUGGUAUCACUCAACGAUGACCCCGCUACGCUCCGGAAAAACUGGAAAGCUUCGCAGAUAUAUGCCAACAUAUUUUGGGGAAGAUGGGUAAAAGAAUAUCUUCCCACCAUCUGUCGACGUACGAAGUGGCAUCAACCAGUGAAACCUCUCCAGGUUGGAGAUGUUGUCGUGAUCGCCGAUCCGGAUCAUCCUCGGAACUGCUGGCCUAUGGGACGAGUAGUUGGUACAACUGUCAGCAGCAAGGACGGACAGGUUCGUAGUGCCGUGGUGAGGACAAACAAUCGCUACUACGAGCGACCUGCAGUAAAGCUUGCGAUCCUGGACGUCGGAGUCAACGAGAGUAAGCUGAACACCGGAGCCGGUUCCAGCGUACUGAGGGGGAGUGUUGCGCCCUUUUCACAAAACAGUCUUCUUGAUCCCAAAGGAUCGCCAUCGAUCGGUCAUCAGCGUAGGUCAACUCGAUCAAAUACGCACACAAUAACGCUACGGAAGAGGUCAUAG